GCUGCAGCCAGGCUGAUGUUGCUGCUGUCCCUGCCCUGGCAGAACGCGGCCAACGCGGCGCGGGAGCUGGUGAUCCAGAGGCUGCUCUUCGUGGGCAAGGCCUGCGAGAACGAGGAGCAGCGGCUGCUGGAGAGGGUGCACGCGGAGGAGGAGAGGGCACACCAGAGCAUCCUGACCCAGCAGGUGCACUGGACAGAGGCUCUGCAGAAGCUGGGAGCCCUCCGGACCUACCUGGUGGACAUGAUCACCAACCUGGAUGACCAGGGCCUGCUGCGCGCAGAACGAGAGAUCUUCGAGAGGACAGAGGUGGCGGAGGGAAUCUUGGAGCCACAGGAGUCCCUGAAGUUAAACUUUAAUCAGACGUGUGUUCAGAGUCCACUCCUGCACCGACUGUGGGCCUCUGCUGUGCUCUGCUGCCUCACAGGCUCACAGGAGAUUCACAUCGAUGAGAGAACCCUCAGCCCCCACCUCAGCCUGUCGGAGGACAAGAGAACGCUGACCUUCAGUCCCAAGAAAGCCAAGGUGGACUUGGACUGCCCGGAGCGGUUUGACCACUGGCCCAACGCCUUGGCCACUGCAGCUUUCCACUCCGGGCUGUGUGCCUGGAAGGUGGGCGUGGAGCAGAGCUGUGCCUACAAGCUGGGGGUUUGCUACAGCUCCGUGCCCAGGAAGGGCUCUGCCAACGAGGGCCGCCUGGGAUUCAACGCCGCCUCCUGGGUGUUCUCGCGCUACGACCGGGAGUUCCGGUUCCUGCACGCGGGGCAGCCCCAGCCCGUGGAGCUCAUCAAGGCCCCGGCCCAGAUCGGGGUGCUGGUUGACUUUGCGGGGGGAGAGGUGCUUUUCUACGACCCCGACUCCUGCACCAUCCUCUUCUCCCACAGGGAGACCUUCACGGAGCCCGUCUACCCCGUGUUUGCCGUGGCGCACCAGAGCAUCUCACUGGUCCAGUGAGCAGGGCCUGAGUGUGACUGUGUGUGCCCUGCACUGUGCCCUGGGGGGAAAGGAGCCCAGGCAGGGCUGUGGGCUGUGUACAGUGUUCAGACAACACCUGCCUUCACACUACAGCUGUUCUUCAUGUGUUUUACAGCAGCUCU